AUGUUGUUUAAAAAACUUGGUCCUUUAUCUUUCCUUUUUAUUAUCUUAAAAUGUUUAAACACGGCUUCCGCCCAAUCCCCCCAAAUUUGCGAUAAAGCACCUGACGAUGCAAUAAAAAAUGCUUGUAAAAAUAUGGCUAAUGUAAUGGUUAAUGUUUCCAAUUUUGUUGCUGAAAAUCCACUAACGAAAGGAAUGACUCAAGAUAGUGCUAGCGAUAGGCCUGAACUUAAAUGCUUGAAUCAAAGUUGUGUUUGUCCUUAUUAUGGAGGCAAAACUGAUGGUUCUGUCAAUGGUUGUACCCUUCCAAACGGUCAAAAAGUUCAAAAAGCACUUCGUAAAGAAAUAAGAAUGAUAUCGGAUGAAGAAAGAAAUGAACUUUUUAAAGCAAUUAAAGACAUGAAAGAUACUUCAGAUUAUGAUUAUAUAGCUGCAAUACACAAACUUGCCUAUGAACAAGGGGGUGCUCACAUGGGAGCCGCAUUCUUUUCUUGGCACAAUGAAUAUUGUAAAAGAUAUGAAAUCUUGAUUCGUAAAAGAAAUCCUUCACUUGCUUUACACUAUUUGGACUCUACACUGGAUAGUCCUUUACCGACUCCAGCAGAUUCUGUUCUUUUUACUGAUGAGGUAAAUUAA